AUGAGUGGCCUGGGCCGGAGCAGGCGAGGUGGCCGGAGCCGGGUGGGCCAGGAGGAGCCAUCCCCACAGGGCCUGCGGCUGGGGGUGGCCAUGAAGCCCUGCCCCGAAGAGCAGUACUGGGACCCGCUGCUGAACACCUGUGUCUCCUGCAAAACCAUCUGCAGCAAUCAGAGCCCACGCACCUGUGCAGCCUUCUGCAAGUCACUCAGCUGCCGCAAAGAGCAAGGCAGGUACUAUGACCAGCUCCUGGGGGACUGUAUCAGCUGUGCCUCCAUCUGUGGACGUCACCCCAAGCAAUGCACACACUUCUGUGAGAACAAGUUCAGGAGUCAAGUGAACCUCCCACCAGAGGUCAGGAGACAGCGGACCGGAGAGGCCUUGACCCGAGCAGACAACCUAGGGAGGUACCAGGGAUCAGAGCACAGAGGCUCGGAUGUGGGUCCAGCCCCCCCAGGGCUAAAGCUGAGUGCCGACCAGCUGGCCCUGGUCUACAGCACGCUGGGGCUCUGCCUCUGCGCCAUCAUCUGCUGCUUCCUGCUGGCCGUGGCCUGCUUCCUCAAGAGGAGGGGGGACCAGGUCUCCUGCCAGCCACCCCCCGGGCCAUGUCGGACGCAGGCCAAGUCCUCCAAGGAUCACUGGAUGGAAGCGGGCAGCGCUGCAGGGGCAACGCCAGAGCCAACGGAGACGUGCAGCUUCUGCUUUGCGGAGUGCAGGGCGCCCGAGCGUGCUGGGAGGUGGGCGCGCCACAGCCAGAGCGCAGCUGGACAGCCCUGCGUGCGCGCCCCGAACGGCGGCCUCUGCGGCAUCGAGGUCGUGUGCACGCCCGCCCAAGAAGGAGGCCUGGCCACAUGA